GCAAGAAUUCUUCCUCUUUUUAUGUCGGCGCUUUUACCUCGACACAUGUGCAGUUUAAUUAAUAAUUGUAUGCGCCGCGUGCACCAGCACGUCUACGUCACGUGCUGCGUUAAUGGCGUCACCUUUUUUUCGCCCCCCUCACCCUCUGCGUCACUCCGGCCGGGGAUUCGGUUGGCCUCGCGUCGUUUGACGCGUUCCGUAUGCGAGCCACUGUGGGUCGUUUACUCUCGAGGCGGCGUUAUUUGUAAACGAUAAAUCGACGUUCGGCGCGAGUAUGGGCCGCUACAGGAGUCGUAGUCGCGACCGGGACAGGCGGCGAAGAUCGCGCACUCGCUCGCGGAGCAGAUCGCCGCGCGACAGGAGGAGCUGGGGCGGGGGCGUCAGCGGCGGGGGACGCGACAGGCCGUCCAGCAGUCGCAACAGUCGCGGGCAGCCGGGCGCGAAUCUGAGGAAGCCGCGAUGGGAUCUCAGCCGACUGGAGCCCUUCAAGAAGGACUUCUACAUUCCCCACGACGCGGUGCAGAAUCGAGACCCGCGCGUCGUGGAGCAGUACAGGGCCGAAAAGGAGAUCACUCUCAGAGGGAAAAGCAUCCCCAAUCCAGUUUUCGACUUCGACGAGGCAGGUUUCCCGGACUACGUCCUGAGAGAGAUCAGAAGACAAGGUUUCAACGAACCUACUUCGAUCCAAGCACAAGGGUGGCCUAUCGCGUUAAGUGGACGGGACAUGGUAGGCAUUGCAUCCACGGGCUCAGGAAAGACACUGUCCUAUAUACUACCUGCGAUAGUUCACAUCAACAGUCAGCCGAAACUGAGUCGCAAAGAUGGACCAAUUGCAUUGGUGUUGGCGCCUACGCGAGAACUUGCCCAACAAAUUCAGCAGGUCGCUGAUGAUUUUGGACAUUCAUCAGGCAUCAGAAACACCUGCUUAUAUGGUGGAGCACCAAAGGGUGCUCAGGCUAGAGAUCUGGACUGCGGUGUAGAAAUAGUCAUUGCUACACCGGGUAGAUUACUAGAUUUUCUUGAGUCUGGCAAAACGAAUCUGAAAAGAUGUACAUAUUUGGUAUUAGAUGAGGCUGACAGGAUGUUGGACAUGGGAUUUGAACCACAAAUCAGAAAGAUCAUAGAACAAAUUAGACCAGACAGGCAAACGCUCAUGUGGUCAGCCACCUGGCCUAAGGAAGUAAAAAAUUUAGCCGAAGAUUUUCUUAAGGAUUAUGCUCAAAUCAACGUUGGCUCUUUGCAACUUUCAGCAAAUCAUAAUAUAUUGCAAAUAAUUGAUGUAUGUCAGGAGUAUGAGAAAGAGACUAAAUUAAGUACUCUCUUGAAGGAGAUAAUGGCAGAGAGUGAGAAUAAAACCAUAGUAUUUAUCGAAACGAAACGUAGAGUGGAUGAGAUAACGAGAAAGAUGAAACGCGACGGUUGGCCAGCGGUUUGUAUUCAUGGCGACAAGACGCAGCAAGAACGAGAUUGGGUUUUACAAGAUUUCAGAACAGGCAAAGCACCAAUCCUUGUUGCUACAGACGUUGCUGCACGCGGUCUUGACGUUGAAGACGUCAAGUUUGUCAUCAAUUUUGACUACCCCUCCUGUUCCGAGGAUUAUGUUCAUCGCAUCGGCCGUACCGGUCGCCGACAGAAAACCGGCACGGCAUACACCUUCUUUACGCCUAACAACGCCAACAAGGCUAACGAUCUGAUACAAGUGCUGAAGGAAGCGAAUCAAGUGAUAAAUCCGAAACUGCUGGAACUCGCUGACAGUAAAGCUGGCGGCUAUGGCAGAAACAGAGGUGGAAGAAAUCGAUGGCGAUCACGAGGUGGCGGCGGCGGUGGAGGCGGAGGCGGUGGUGGUCGUAACGGAAAAGAACGCAGCUACUCGCGAAGUAGAAGUCGAAGCUACAGUAGAGAACGCAACGGCCGCAGCAGUCGACGAAGCUACAGUCGUAGUUACUCGCGAAGUCGUAGCCCCGUCAGCAAUCGUAACGAAGUUAUUGGCAAGAGUUAUUGGAGUAGCGAGAGAUGAUCUUCCAGCGAUGGAUAAAUGUGUAUUACAACGCAGGUAAUUUUUUUCUGUCUUUUUUUUUAUCUACAGAAACGAGUUGUAACGAACUAUUUCAACGACACAUUCGCUACUCGUGAAAAAUAACACGUUCACGCUGAAUUCGGUGGGAUACGAAUAUGUAAUAUUUACUAUAUAAAUCAAUUUGAUUUGUAGUAUUAUUUAUAAUACCAUUUAUUAAAUAAUAUUAUAAAUAUAUUACUAUUAUAAUUCGAUUUUUUAUCUGUAUAUAUUAUCAAUUUAUAAUAUUUUAUAUUUAUAAAUCUUUUGUGUACAGCAGUUUUUAGCUUGCACCAAUGCACACUACGUGUAUUCCACCGAAUUUGGCAGCCAGAUUCUUGACAUACGAUAGUUUACUGACCACAUUUACACGAAUUUUUAAUAUCAGCUUCAAUAAUGAUGAAACGUCACUAUGUUAUUAUAAGGCAAAUUUUUACUGGGUAUGCUUGCAAAGCUACCGAAGCAUAUUCGAAUAGAGAUUUACCGUGUACUUGCUAGUGAUAGAAACGGUAGAAUGUACUAUCAUUUUUUACUUCCUUUUGCAUCCCCAUGCUGCAUCUAAUUUCUUCCUUUUUCAAGUGUUAUCGAUAUACACCGGUAGAUUAGAUAAUGCAAAUCCAUUACGGCAUAAACUACCGUUUAUACGUUUUUAUAAUGCUAAUCCUCACUUUAAUCCUUAUACGCUCACCCGAUAUUGAGAAAGGACCAGGAUGAUGUGAGCGAAUAAUGUAUAAAUCUAAUCAUUAUGUGCGAAUUAAACUUCCAAUCUGUAACGAUAUUUAAUUAGUACGUAUUUAUAGAUCGUAAAUUAUAGACUAGCGCGCGCUUAUUUGUAAUUCAUCCGUCUGUAUUUAGAUAAUUAUGACAAAUGACAUAGUAACACUCGAUGUACAGUAUUUGACAACGUGAUAAAUAAAUUCAUAAAUGUCUA